UCUCUCUCUCUCUCUCUCUCUCUCUCUCUCUCUCACUCCUACAAGCAAUCGUUCAUCCAGCGCAAGCUCCGCGCUCUCUUAUGGCAGUGUAGAUCGACGCAUCCGUCGGCGAGAGUGUCUCGCGUCUCGAGAGAUGAGACUUAGCAUCGUCCACUGGCUCCUCCUGUCCCUCGUAAUCGGCUCGAUCCUCCUGGACGCGAGCGAGGCUUUCGCGGUGACGCUGCCCCAGGAGAGCUCGUCGCGCGAGGUCCACGUCGAGAGCAGCAUCAUCACGGCGCCCCGCCGACAGCGCAUCGGAGGAUGCAAGCGCGGACAGCUGCUCGAUCGUAGGGGCAAGUGCCGCACGCCCUACUGACACGCGAGCGCACGUGCGCACCUAUAUACAGCACAGCGAGUGGCAAUCAUUCAAUUGACACGCGCUCGCGAGCGCGUCACUCACCGUCGUCGUCGUCGCGGAUAUAAUCGCUCUCGCGCUCUCUCUCUGUCUAGUACAGAGAGAGAGAGAGAGGGAGAGAGACUCGCGGUAGUGUGCGUAGUGUGUAGUUGAGCUUCCGCGCGGAGAGACAUGCGGCGCGUGUGGCUGGUGUUGUUGCUUCUGCUCGCGGUCGUGCUCGAGGCUGCGCGAGCCGAGUCGGGACAGGAGCCCAAGAAGAGGUUCAUCCCCUUCGCCAAGGGCGAGGACAAGGUGCAGGAGGGCUCGAUCAUCAAUGUGCCCACCAGGUGUCCGCCCAACAUGCUCAAGGUCGGGAACCGAUGUCGCACCGUUUAUUGAACUGGAGGACGAUGACGAUGACACGGGCUACUGGUGCGGGAUUGGAUCAUCGAUCGCCGUCAUCAUCGGCUGCUGAGGCGCUUCCACACUUCCGGCGUUGCUGCUGCACUUAUACUGUACAUAUUGUAAACGCGCCUGCGCGCGCGCGUAGAGAAUCGUAUGGCAAAGGAGCCUUGACAAAAGUAUUCGGAACGAUAUACUCUGUAAGAAAUAAAUAUAGAUAUAAUGUACCAUGUUGAACGAAA